AUGUCCCAGCGCGUUUCCUGUGCUUGUGGCGGUGCUGCUUCCUCCAUCCUCCCUAGUCCUCCUCCCGUUUCAGCUUCUCCUGCCGCGCCUGAGCUCUCAGGCAGCUCAGCUGCCCCCACUUCUUCGAUUGCUCCUUGCCUCUCCCCCUCAUCCUCAACUUCUGCCCUGCUUGCCAUGUAUGCCCUGCUUGCCAUUCCAUCUCGGGCUCUCCCUCCCACCACUCUUCCUCCUCUUCCUCUUGGUCUGGAUAACGGCCCGGGAUCCCCUUAUGAUCAUUCAGCCUUUCUGCUCGCUGCUAUUGCGGCACUCCCUUUCUCCUCAUCUCCCAUGCCUCAUUCUCCAGAUGUUCGAGCAGGAUCUCCGCCUCCUCUUCCUUGA